UUUUUUAGAGCAACAGGGCGUCUCUGUUUCUCUGUCGCUGUCAAAUUACAUACAGUACAAGUAGUGGAUUAGGCAGCACCUCCGCACAGGGAGCUCCCUGAAGGCUGCUGAGCCCGGGGCGACAAGAUGAGCGCCAGCGCAGCGCUUGAAUUUAAGGAACUCGGAGGGGAACAGGACUCAGACUGCGAGGACCUGGAUAGCUUGAAAGCGCUCACAGAGAAGCUGAAAUUGCAGACUCGUCGACCUUCAUAUCUGGAGUGGGAGGCGAAAGUUCAGAGCCAGCCAUGGGUCGCCAGAGACAGAAAAGUCGGGCGUCCUGGGAGAGCGGACGGAGCGCAGAUCAGGAGGAGCGCCCUGGAGGAUCCGGAGGUGACCAUCCGAAACAUUUGCGGCUUCGAAACCAUAGAUCAUGCGCUGGACUGGUUACGGAAGGAGCUGAGAGCAAUGCAAGUACAGGACAACCAGCUUGCUCGGCAGCUGAUUAAACUGCGCAGCGAGAUCCACCGGCUCAAAGUGGAGCAGAUCUGCCAUCGGCACAAGGAAAUGCUGGAUGAUGCCACCUAUGGACUGGAAGAAUGUGAGGAAGACUCUGAUCUGCUGUGUGACAUCCCUCUCAAGGCUGCCUUUUCCCUCUCUACCCCCCUAAAACACAUUGGGGUCACUAAGAUGAACAUUAACUCUCGCAGGUUUUCCCUUUGCUGAUGCCAGGAAUGUCCAAGAAGGUCACGACGGUUUGUCAGAAUGACUGCCAGAGCAUUUUUAUUAGUCGAGUAUUCCCAGUGCCAGCACGAUAUGACAAUGAGAAGUCAAGGCUAAUGGACAUCUUGCAAGCUGUACCACUUUUAGCUCUUCUGAGCCCCUCAAGCUUUUAACUACUUGCGGUUUACAAAUAUUAAAAUUUCCCAUUUUUAUUUGGGUUCAUUUGACCAAAAUAGGAGGAAGACCCUCUUUGUACUGUAGCAGUGAUUUUUGAGAUAUUUGUAUAUUAAUGAAUGAAAUGGCACUGUACAAAAAUGUUAAAGAAAUAUACCUUUAUUGAAAUAUGUAACUGUUGCAACUUUUCUACAUUGUGAUCUGAAUUAAAUAUUGGUAAACACUA